ACAUUUAAAGUGAAGAUCUUAAUAAUAAGGAUACUCGGCUCGGCUGGUCGUGUAUAUUGGUUCGUUUGUUGAAUAGGAGGGCGAGAAUUUCAGAUGUUGAAGGGGCUUCGCUAAGCUGCGGGGAGGUACUUACGACGUGACCAAUCAUCGCUCUUGCUGAUUCAUUUCAGGCUAGCCUGUUUAGUGAUCGUCCAAGCUUAAAUCUCGAUCUAAAAAUAUAUCUUCACUUCGUUCCUUCCUCCGUCGAUUGUCGUCAUUCCGACAUCACAACAUGUGUGUCGUACGGUGAACGACCAAGCCAAUUGCAAGCCGCAAGCCAUAUGCUUCGUGCACAACACUGCUGAGCCUCCUCAAGCUCAGCACGUCGUUCUUCUAUUUUGCGCAUACUGAUUCUUGGAUAUAAAGUCGUGGAUGAGGAAGUUUCCUUCUCUUCGUCAUUUCAUCCAAUUUUCAUCAGUAUCCCUGUCGCAUGAUGUAUUCUCUUAUUCGCAUCAUUUCUACGUUCUCGAUUCUCUCCAUUGCCAUCGCAUACCCAUCAAACGUAUUUCCCCUCCGUAGACGGCACGAAGUCACCAGGAGAGGAUUUUCACAAGGACUGGUUUCACUGCUAUCAACUUCACUAGGUGAAAUUGUUGAUGCUGAAGUCAAGUUGGGAGGUCAAUCAUUUUUUGUUGAAAUUGAUCUUGGCAGCUCCGAUUUGUGGGUAGUGGCGAAUGGCUACCAAUGCAUUGACAGAUCAACAAAUGCCGUUCUUCCACAAUCAUCAUGUUCUUACGGAAAUUCAACUUACACGCCUUCGUCAACGUUCAGUCUCAUUGCCAACGAGACUUUUGGAGUCUUUUACGGUGCCGGAAUUGCACAAGGAAUGGUGGGAAACGAGACAGUGACGUUCGGGAAUAUCACUGUGCCACAGCAAACAGUUGGCAUUGUCGCCAGUACUACUAAUCAAGGUGAUGGAGUUAAUAGUGGCAUCCUCGGAUUGGCGUACCCUGACCUUACAUCUGCGCAUCCUGGGACAGACAUCGACAAUACAACUUUUCUUUACGAUCGUCUUCCAUACAACCCACUGGUGUUCAACAUGGCUGCUCAAGGUCUCAUCGAACCUUUCUUUAGCCUAGCAAUCGAAAGAACUGCAUUUGAUCAAGAAACCGGACCAGGUGGGUACCUGUCUCUUGGCGAGAUAGCUCCUGUUCCGCAUUCGUCGAAAUGGGUUUCGACGCCAGUUGUCAUCCUGGAUCAGAUUCCAAUCAACGUCACUGCCAACAAAAGACAGUUGUCAUACUGGGCUCUCGAAGUCCAAAGUGUAUACUAUGGCUCCCAAACAUCUCCGAGCAAACGGAACUCCGCUCCAACCGAUGCGAGUCACCUUUCAGGGAACAAGACAUCUUUCAACGCCGUCCUCGACAAUGGAAACUUCAAUACCUUCCUCCCUAGCGCUGUAGCUGAGGCUAUCAACGCGGACUUUUCGCCACCAGCAACCUCACCUGGUCCCACGGGCUCUGGUGAUUACCAGUGGCCAGUUGCUUGUAAUGCUACCCCGCCAGCCUUCGGCGUCAAGAUUGGAGGGGAGAUCUUUUGGCACGAUGCUAGAGAUAUGAUCUGGAACAAUGGAGAUGGAACGUGUUCGAGUGCGAUCGCAAGAGCCGAAGAUGUUGCUCUUGAAGGCGUUGUGGCGAGCUUUUUGGGUAUACAAUUCUUCAAGAAUGUCGUGUCAAUAUUUGAUUUUGGGCAAAACGAAAUCAGGUUGGCGGCCAGGAUGUGAGCGUGAUUGCUGCUUGUAUUCUGUAAAUAAAAAAUGUGAAGGGGAUCCUCAUGCGAGCUAAAAAGUUAAUGAACUUGUCCUUCAGUAAAAGGGACGAAACUCUUCUACUUUGAAGAUCGUGCACCAGAUAUUCAUGCCCAAAUCUUGAAGAAUGUUUUUGGGGUUUUCUCAUUGUUCGCGGCAGAAUGAGCGUG